AUGCAUAAUUUAACAACAGCUGAAUUGUCUUUACUUAUCUUAUUGCAGAAGAACAAUCACACUGUGGUCACAGAAUUUUUCCUCUUGGGAUUUCACGUUGACCAAGAUUUAAGAAUUUUGCUCUUCUCUUUUCUAGUUUGUAUCAACUGUUGCACCAUUUGUGGAAACUUCCUGAUCGUCAUCCUGGUGUCCAUCAGCAGGAACCUGCACACUCCAAUGUACUUCUUCAUCUCACAACUGUCCAUCAUGGACAUCUUGUUGACUACAGAUAUCGCUCCCUUUAUGCUGCAUAUUCUUCUUAAAAAUGGAGCAGCCAUUAAUUUUAUUGACUGUAUGAUUCAGCUGUAUUUUUUCUGUGCCUUGGAAAUAUUUGAGUGCUUCCUCCUCACAGUGAUGUCGUAUGACAGAUAUGUGGCCAUCUGUAAUCCCCUCCGAUAUUCCUCGAUCAUGAAUAAUGAAUAUUGUGUGAAAUUGGUUGUUAUCUGUUGGGUGGCUGUUUUUUGCAUAGUAAUUAUUGACACUUCAACAAUAUUAAUGCUAAACUUUUGUGGAACAAAUAUUAUCGACCAUUUCUUCUGUGAUCUUGUUCCAUUGCUAAAAAUUGCCUGUUCCGGUGCUCAGUUUCUUGAAUUAGAAAUUUCUGUAGUAGGUCCUCCAAUGCUUUUGAUCCCAAUUACAAUAAUAAUAGUGUCAUACGUUUAUAUAAUUUCUACCAUCUUGAAGAUUCCAUCCAAUAUCAGUAGACAGAAAGCCUUCUCUACCUGUAGCUCCCACCUCAUUGUGGUCUCCAUAUUCUACGGGACUAUAUUCAGUGUUUAUGUUGUUCCAACAAAAGGAAAAUCGUCAACCAUCAGUAAAAUCCUAUCUCUGCUGUAUACUGUGUUCACGCCUUUCAUAAACCCCAUCAUAUACAGUUUAAGAAAUCAGGACAUUAUGAAAGCCAUGCAGGAAACAAUAUUUGUUUUUUAA